GACUUCACAAUAAGUGCCCUUAGAAGGAAAGCCUGUCAGACUAUAAACUGGAGAGAUUUUUUACGGUUUGAGUGGCAGCAAAUCUUCAGUUUAUACAAGUCAGUGAUCAAAACCACUUUUUUGCUCAGUAGGAUGCAGGAUAGGAUUUGAGUAAGGGCGUAUUAAGCCUAUUUAUUAAGUAUCGGGAUAAUCUCCUCAAGCCUAAUUCUACCUACUAGAAAGGAACGGAGGGGGACAAGUGCCGGGGAGAAGUUGCCGCUGUGAGAGGCGCUGGAGGCGGGGAGGUGAGCAGCGCAGUCCGCGGCGGAUGACACGGGCAUGGAGAUGUUGCGCCGCUCUUCUGUGUUUGCUUCUGAAGUGUUUGACCGCUCGCAUACCGACAAGGAGCUGGUGUCCCAGGCCAAAGCACUGUGCAGGGACUACAUUCAUUCCAGGCUGAACCGUGCCGGGAUAGGCUGGUCUAAACCUGAACAUGGACUGGCUGCAUCAGGUGGGGCACUGGGAGAGAUAUCGUCGGUUCUGCUGUGGCUGGGUGAUGAGUUGGAGUACCUUCGACCCAACGUUUACCGCAACGUAGCGCGACAGCUCAACAUCACAGUGGCGUCGGAGAGUAUUGUGUCCGAUGCUUUCCUGGCUGUGGCGGCAGAGAUUUUCUCCACAGGUGUGACAUGGGGAAAGGUGGUUUCUUUGUAUGCCGUGGCAGGAGCCUUGGCAGUGGACUGCGUUCGCCACGGUCAUCCAGCUAUGGUCCAUACCAUUGUCGACUGCAUGGGGGAGUUUGUCCGCAAGAGCCUGACCUCCUGGUUAAAAAGGAGAGGGGGCUGGGUGGAUGUAACAAAAUGUGUGGUGAACACUGAUCCCAGCUUUCACUCUCACUGGCUGGUGUCUGCUGUCUGUGCCUUUGGACACUAUCUGAAGGCCACCGUGUUAUACCUCCUCAGGGAGAAGUGAAAGACAAAGCCAGACACUGGAUUUUAGCAGACUGACCAGCACUGCACACCACCACGACCACCACCACCAAGGCAUCUGCUGCUUUGGAUUAUGUUUACACUCAUUUGCACUGAACCUUCAUGGAUGAACACCUAUCCCUUCACAGACUUUACAUUUUUCUUCUGCUUCAUAUGCUAGAUUGACUAUUUAUUGUCAAUUGUUAGGUUAUGGCACACAUUUGUUGUAAAUGUCUAAAAUAACCCGUGUUUUUAGCUUCAUUUUUUUUUCACAAACCGAAGAAAUACACAUUUUGCUGCCUGUUGGGCAGUGAUUUGGCUGCCCCUAGUGGUAGAAAAUGGCAACUACUGUAAAAUAUUACUUUGGAGUCCUGAGGCCAUUUCUGAGGUCUUGGUUUUGAAAAUAAAUCUCCACUUCUCACCUGGUUGGCACAUAUGGCCCAACAGACUAUAGUGCAUGCUAGAUAACUGCAAAAUACAACAUGUUUUCCUAUAAUUAAGGGACUGUAUGAAAACAUAUUUUUGCUGAAGAGAUGGUAGUCCCAUCACAAUGUGUUAUCCUGUAAUACAAUUGAAGUUCAGAUUCAAACAUUUCCAACUUGUUCUACUAAUUGGCGAAGUGAAAUGAAACAUUUUAACUGGGUCCUAUUAAUGUAUUAAUGUUUAAAACGGGGCACAACAUCUUGAAUUAUUUAUGCUUUUCCUCUAAUGAAACGAGUUCUAUCCACUUAGUACUCUGAGUAUGUUUAGAUAUCGGGGGGAGAGUUUUGCAUUUUUUUCCCAAAUCAAAAGAAGAAAAGAAAAAAAGAUUUAUGCCUUUUUAAAGUCAAAUAUAAGAUUCAGCCCCCUUUCCUACCCCAAUAAUUGUUGUACAGUCCCUAAUGAAUCGGAGGAAUUGAGCCUCCAAAUAUGUACAAUUACAUGCAUUUCAGGCAGCACUAUACAUUUCAUGCAACGUUUCUUUCUCUUCAUUGGUCACUGUAAGGCUGUGUAUAUUGCUGUAAUUGCAGUAAUGCAAGUUACAGUAUUUUCUCUGAGUUAGAGCACUUUGAUAACAUUUCAUUUUGUAAGUAGAAUUUAUUCCAUGAAAAAGAUUUACUUUUAUACGGCAUGCAGCAGUAAGUGUAAGAAAAUAAACAAAUGUUUGUCAUCUGCAACUGUAAAUAUUAACAAUAAUAAAUGGUUCUUACAACAAUUACAAUCAAGUCAGCAGUUGUACGUGUUAACAAAUUGGUAAUGAACAGAUUUUGCUUUGCAGCUGUCUUUAGAUUGAGAAUUUAGCCAAGCAAGUUGUGAAGUUAGCUUGGUGUGUGAAGUGUCCAGACUAUUUUCAAGCAGACAACAAACCUAAAAAGUUACAGUUUUUCUAAUAGCUGUCUGUAGACUCAAAUAAUGACAGGGGAUUAGUCUUUGUCCAACAUCUAUGACAGAAAAAAAGGAAACCUUUUUGGAUAUCUGCCAAGUGUUUUUUUUUUUUGUGGAAGUAGAUGAAUAUUAUUUUAUUCAUUUAACUGGCCUCAGUCUUAGUCAUAGGGAGCUGGAACCUACCUUCAUUGUCAUCAUUGAAAAAUUACUGUAACUGAAAUACCAUAUACUAUGAAUAAUUAUUGGCUGGCUUUACUGUAAAAUUGUAAUGGAUUAAAAAAAAUGAGGCCCUGGUACUAAACCAAAACGAUGAUUUACAGUUAUUCUUAAAGUUUAUCUGUCCCAAUACAUUUGUGGUCUGACUUUUUUUUUAUGUGUUUUUGUGAAAAUCUUACAAACUUUAAUUUGAUUAUUUUAGAAUGCAUACUGAUUUAAUUCUAGUAUAAGCGCUUUGCUUAUUGUUUUUUUCCUGUGUGGGUUUGUGUUUACCUCUAAUGUCAGAUAUGAAUGAGGUAUUUACAGACUUAAAAAGACUAUAGACGGUAGAAACAUUGAUGGCUAUGUGUUACCACCUAGUGGUUGAAUCACAUUUAACCAGGAGAACUGUAAAUGGAAUGAUGAAAUGCCAAUAAACAAUUUUGACCUGCA